CGGACUUAAGGUGUGCAAAGGGCGGCUGCCUUCGUAGCAGUCAUAACAGGAUCGCGCGCUGGCUCUUCCCCUUGCACACACACACACACACACACACAUAUACAGACACUCACACUCACACACACACACAUAUAUAUACAGACACACACACAUACGGACACAUACGCGCGCGCACACACAAACACACUCCCCGGAGGAAGGGUGUACAGUCCAGAGGCCCUUUGCUCCUUAACUGCAGCCGCCGCAACAGGCGCUGCCCGGACAUUGCCACCGGGCACCCCUUUGGCUGCAAGCCGCCUCUCGUCGUCGCUCUUGCCGGCACCUCACGCCGCUCUUCCCGAAGCCGGCUCUCUUUCCUCUCCUCGGGCGGAGCUCUUCUCGGCGUCAGGCUUCCACAAGAAACAUACUACAAAAUGAAUGAUCUUGCUAUCAAAAGAAUAACAAAUGAAAUUAUCAAAUCACCUGAAGAUAAACGAGAAUAUCGUGGAUUAGAACUGGCAAAUGGCAUCAAAGCAAUGCUUAUCAGUGAUCCCACUACUGACAAAUCUUCAGCUACACUUGAUGUGCACAUAGGGUCGUUAUCUGAUCCCAUUAAUAUUCCUGGAUUAAGCCAUUUUUGUGAACAUAUGUUAUUUUUGGGAACUAAAAAAUUCCCAAAAGAAAAUGAGUACAGCCAAUUUCUCAGUGAACAUGGAGGGAGUUCAAAUGCUUUUACCAGUGGAGAACACACCAACUACUAUUUUGAUGUCUCACAUGAACACUUAGAAGGUGCUCUUGAUAGGUUUGCCCAAUUUUUCUUGGGCCCUCUUUUUGACGAAAGCUGCAAAGAUAGAGAAGUAAAUGCUGUUGAUUCUGAGCACGAGAAGAAUUUAAUGAAUGAUUCAUGGAGACUAUUUCAGCUAGAAAAGGCUACUGGAAAUCCUAACCACCCAUUUAGCAAAUUUGGGACAGGGAACAAGUACACUUUGGAAACUAGACCAAACCAAGACGGAAUAGAUGUAAGGCAAGAGCUUUUGAAGUUUCACUCCACUUACUAUUCAUCAAAUUUAAUGGCUGUUUGUGUUUUAGGACGGGAAACUUUAGAUGAACUAACCAAACUGGUGGUGAAGUUAUUUUCUGAAGUGAAGAAUAAAAAUGUUCCAAUACCGGAAUUCCCUGAGCAUCCCUUCCAGGAAGAACAUCUCCGGCAACUUUACAAGGUGGUACCUAUUAAAGAUUUUAGAAAUCUUUAUGUUACAUUUCCAAUACCAGAUCUUCAAAAGUACUACAAAUCAAAUCCUGGCCACUAUCUUGGUCACCUUAUUGGGCAUGAAGGUCCAGGAAGUCUUUUAUCAGAACUGAAAGCUAAAGGCUGGGUAAGCACACUGGUUGGUGGACAGAAAGAAGGUGCUCGAGGCUUUAUGUUUUUUAUCAUUAAUGUUGAUCUUACUGAAGAAGGACUGUUACAUGUGGAAGAUAUUAUUUUGCAUAUGUUUCAAUAUAUUCAAAAGUUACGCACAGAAGGACCUCAAGAAUGGGUUUUUCAAGAAUGUAAGGAUCUAAAUGCUGUAGCAUUCAGAUUUAAAGAUAAAGAAAGACCCCGAGGUUAUACAUCAAAACUUGCAGGGAUGCUUCAUUACUAUCCUAUUGAAGAAGUUCUCGCUGCUGAAUAUUUACUUGAAGAAUUUAGGCCAGAUUUAAUAGAAAUGGUGUUGAACAAACUGAAACCUGAAAAUGUCCGGGUUGCAAUUGUCUCUAAGACAUUUGAAGGAAAAACUGAUAAAAAAGAACGGUGGUAUGGAACCCAGUACAAGCAAGAAAAGAUUUCUGAUGAAGUCAUUAAGAAAUGGCAAAAUGCUGACCUUAAUGGGAAAUUCAAGCUUCCAAUGAAAAAUGAAUUUAUUCCUACUAACUUUGAAAUUGUAUCUUUGGAGAAGGAAGCACCACAGUACCCAACUCUAAUUAAGGAUACUGCUAUGUGCAAACUAUGGUUCAAGCAGGAUGACAAAUUUUUCCUUCCUAAAGCUUGUCUCAACUUCGAAUUUUUCAGCCCAUUUGCUUACGUGGAUCCCUUACAUUGUAACAUGGCCUAUUUGUACCUUGAACUACUCAAAGACUCCCUCAACGAGUAUGCAUAUGCAGCAGAACUAGCUGACUUGAACUAUGAGCUCCAAAAUACCAUCUAUGGGAUGUAUCUUUCUGUAAAAGGUUAUAAUGAUAAGCAACAUAUUCUGUUGAAGAAGAUCAUUGAGAAAAUGGCUACCUUCGAGGUUGAUGAAAAGCGAUUUGAAAUUAUCAAGGAGGCGUAUAUGCGAUCACUUAACAACUUUCGAGCUGAACAGCCACAUGAGCAUGCAAUGUAUUACCUUCGGCUCUUAAUGACAGAAGUUGCAUGGACCAAAAAUGAAUUAAAAGAAGCUUUAGAUGAUGUCACUCUUCCUCGCCUCAAGGCCUUUAUUUCACAACUGUUGUCACGGUUACAUAUUGAAGCACUUCUCCAUGGCAAUAUAACAAAACAGGCUGCAUUAGGAGUUAUGCAAAUGGUUGAAGACACACUCAUUGAGCAUGCUCAUACAAAACCUCUGCUUCCCAGCCAGCUAGUAAGAUAUAGGGAAGUACAGCUGCCUGAUAGAGGAUGGUUCGUCUAUCAACAGAGAAAUGAAGUUCAUAAUAAUUGUGGGAUAGAAAUAUAUUAUCAAACAGAUAUGCAAAGCACUUCGGAGAAUAUGUUUUUGGAGCUCUUCUGUCAAAUUGUCUCAGAGCCUUGCUUUAAUACCCUGCGCACUAAGGAACAGUUAGGUUACAUUGUGUUCAGUGGUCCACGGAGGGCUAAUGGUGUCCAAGGUCUGCGGUUCAUCAUCCAAUCAGAAAAGCCCCCACACUACUUAGAAAGCAGGGUGGAAGCCUUUUUAAAAACCAUGGAGAAAUCUAUAGAAGAUAUGUCCGAAGAAGCGUUCCAGAAACAUAUCCAGGCUUUAGCAAUUCGCCGCCUUGACAAACCAAAGAAACUAUCUGCCGAGUGUGCAAAAUAUUGGGAUGAAAUCAUUUCCCAGCAAUAUAACUUUGAUAGAGAUAACAUUGAAGUGGCAUAUCUCAAAACCCUUACUAAGGAUAAUAUAGUGCAGUUUUAUAAGGAAUUGUUGGCAGUAGGUGCCCAAAGAAGACACAAAAUAUCGGUCCAUGUACUAGCAAGGGAAAUGAAUUCCUGUCCUGUUGUAGGAGAGUUUCCAAGCCAAAAUGAUAUAAGUCUAACACCAGCACCACCACUGCCACAGCCGAUUGUGAUUGAAAACAUGACUGAGUUCAAACGCAGCCUACCACUUUUCCCUCUGGUGAAACCUCAUAUCAAUUUCAUGGCCGCAAAACUGUGAAGAAUCUUGCUGGAUGAAGAACUGGAAGAGGAUUAAUAUGCCUUCAGUGGCUUUUCAUAAUGGACAAAAAUCUUAUCCUUUAGGAUAAGUGAUCCAGGAUUCCUGAUUCCUUCUAGGUUCAUCCAGCAUCAAUGCUGCAAUAGGGAUACAGCAAGUUAAGCAAGUAUGCUCUAGUUAUGUGUUAUAUGUUUGUCAUAGAGCCACUACCAGAAACUAAAAUUAAGUGGUAUAUAUGAAGAUAUGUGUAGGUAAAUGGUAUAUUUUACAAUAAUGUGACCCUUUAAAAGUUUAGUUUGCAUGGAUUGUGAAGAAGUUUCCAUACCAGUCUGAUCUUCACUUGCAAAUCAUUGCUUUUUUUAAAAGAUCAACUGUUUUGGAAGCAUAUUUUACUGGACAAGAAAGAAAAUAUUAUUAAAAGGCCAUAUUGAUGUUUUUAAGGGAAGCAUGGAGUGAUACCAUUUUUUUAAAAAAAUAGAUUCUUGGAAGCAGCCAUUUAGAUUCUAUGUAAAAAUCAGUGGAAAAGGGGAGGAAAAAAAAUAACAAAUAUCUUUGAAGAGUUAUUAGAAAAGUCAAAAUAGUUUUAAUCUUUAUAUCUGUUUGAGAAGAUUUUAUAUACAGACUAGUAAAAUGCUGGAAACACUUGGGUAGCCAUGUUUUUCUUGCCAAGAGUGUUAGUUUAUGUUUAUAAACUUUACGUUUUCUUAGGGUUGCACUGAUAAUGUUUCUUUGACUUAUAAAUAAAAUUACUAUGGCAAUUUUUUUCCUUCCAGUUGUCAUGUACUGUUUUAGGACAAAUCUAAUGAGAUUUGGGUGUACUGUAUCUUCUUAAAAGGCCAUCAAUAAUUCUUGGUAGUUAUUUAAGUUGUAGGCAAACACUCCUCCUUUAUCAGAAACUCACAAUUUUACAUUUGCCUAGAUCCCCUGCACACUGUGUGAACAUCAAAUGUGAUCAUCUAGCACAAUCAGCCUUACACUCAGUCUGCACCUUUCUCCAUUAAGACUUGUUGCAAAUUCUCCUGCCACACAGAACUCUUUCUAGGAAUAGAAAGUGGGAACUAAUACACAAUUACAGAGUUCAUGCAUGUCAGCAGUAACUAUCAGUCUAAUGAUGCAGAAGCUGAACUUCCCCCAAUCAUUCAUCUGCUCAAAAGAUCUCAGUAUUUUAAAUGCAGCCUAAAUUCUUAGCCUGCAUCACUUUUAUGUCACACUUCAGGCAUCUUUGACUUCCCACCUGCUGCUUAGUGACCGUUCAGUUACAGCUGUCCCGAGAAAGAGAACUUACAACCCAAAUUUGAAGUUCUCACAGUCAGACUCCCUUUGCAGUCAUGUGACUGAACUACAGGUGUUGGGCAACAUGCUGCAUUUGCAGCAUCCCAUGGUCAUGUGACUGUGUUUUACAAUAGUUUGUAGUCAAAUUGCCCAUAGCAAACCAUGGUUUGCUUAAUGACCAUAGCCCUCUCUUAACUACUGCCAUAAAAAGGUAAAAUUGGGCUUGUGGCCUGUUUUACGACUGGCACAACAAACAACCGUAAUAUGUCAGAGACUACUUAUAAUAGCAUGGUGUGAUUUGUUAUUUAUGAUUCAGAGUAGCAACCAUUUGCCAAUUGAUUUUGAGGAAGGAAGGGGAGACAAUUGUGCAAAAUAAACCAGAAACAAGUAUAAAUGGAGUUAAUAUUUUAAUUGUCAAACUAAAAAAAUAUUAAUCAAGCUUUUGAAUGGUUAUGCCACCAAAAGCACAUGGAGAAAGACCAGAUGCUAAUUUGAGGCUGGGGCUGGAGAGUGAAAUGGCAUUUGUAUUUCCAGUGGCAGUAUGUUAUUGCAGUUCGUGCUAAGUUUCCAAGUUCAUUCCCCUGUUUUAGUGUUAAGUGGUUAGACAUGAGGAUCUUACACUCAAAUAUUAAAGGCUUUAAAAGAUGAGACUAUAAUGUGUGUAUUAUUAGGGUUACACCACUUACAUGCUUUCGUUAUGAUUAAUUCCACUGAUUACUUGUUUAUUGUAAAAUGUACAUUACAUCUUCCGUAAGAAACAAUAUAUAGAGCAGUUUACAAGAUCCUUCUUUAUUGGUACAAGAUAGGAGCAUUGUCACUUAAUAUCAAAACAAACUAUAAACUGAUCCGAUGGCAUCUGUCAGAUGCUCCCUUCCCACUGUAACAAAUGGCAGUUUGUUGAAGCUACAUAGAUGGUUUUUCAGUGCUCUGAAGUCUAUUAGCAAGAGGUCAUUUGGAAUGUGAAUGCGAACACAAUUCUGUUUGCUACUUAUUAGAACAAGGGUAUCUACACAGCUAUAGCCUUCAAGAUGCAUGUCAUCUUGUGGAACCCCCAUUAAAUCUGUAGAAGAAUCCAGUAAAUAAUGCUUAAUAUAAUUGUAUCAAAUUAUUUUUAUUCACAAACCAUGAAAAACAUGCAACAACAUAUAUGGCAAAAUCCAUAUAAAGAUUUCUCUUUUUAUAUAGUUUUCUUCCCAAUUUAGUAUCUUUGGGUGUGUUUACAUUGCAGGAUUACUCUUAGAAGUCCCAGGCAGUUUGGUAAUACUUAGUGAAAAUUCUGACAAUCGUAAUCCUAUCACAUCUGGAGAUUGCUAGAUGGUAGGAGGCUGUCAUAGAAUGACAGUACAAAUUUGCACAACUUUCUUGUUACUGGGGCUAGUUAUAGUCACAUUUUAAGACAAGGAUGGCCAAUUUACUGCCCUAUUCAGUUCUAUAUUGAAUGAAAAGAGAACACCUAUAAUUGGGUCUGUUUUUGGUGAUUCUCAUCUGCUGAUUAUUUUUUCAGAUGGGAGGAAAGAUGCUAUAAUUUGAGUUUGAAUAAUGUUCUUUGUAUCUAUUUUCAUUUAUCUUGUCCCAUUUCUUAAUAAUAAGAAAAUGCUACUUGGAAUUUGGAGGGAGAAAGCAAACCAAUCAAAUCUCUAUGCUACUUUAUAGAAAUAUAGACCUUUGUCUGCAAAAACAGACACAAAUAUUUGUUCAUGGAUUUAUCUAUCUGAUACAGGUAGUAUUCGACUUACAGCCAUUUCUUCAGCAACCAUUAGAAAUUACUAAGGGACUUACAACCUGUGCCUAAAUUUAAAGCCGUUGCGGUGCGCCUGCAGUCACAUGAUCAAAAUUUUGCUGCAAUGGCUAAAUUGACUGCUUUGAUUAAAAAAAAACACAAUUAUUUUUGUUCCUAUUGGACUUCGUGCUUGAGGUAGAAAAAAAAUGAAACUUUGAUUUUGGGUUGUACCAAUUAAAUAGGUUUGUUGAUAUAGAAAUGGCUAGUUUACACUAAAGUAAAAAGUUGAGGUCUGAUGCUAUUAUCUUAGUCUACUGCACCAAUGUCUUUUCUUUCUUUUUUCCCUUUUCCCUACACUUUUCCCUUCCCUUCUCCCUCCCUUAUUUUCUUACUAUUUUCUUUUGUAUUUUUGUAUUAUAUAUUAUAAACUAAUUUAAAAAUUGGCUGCUUGGCAGUUUGUCCGCACUUAUGACCCCUGGGGCACUCCAACUCCCCCCAUCUAUCUACCUCCCCCAUCUAGUGCCUUUUGGCACCCUGCUGCUCUGUGCUUCACCACCCUAGCUGGCCUUCACUGCCAUCUUCUCCCGCUGUGAAUGUGCCCAGCCUGGAUCCAGGGCUGUAUGGAGCUGGUUGCUUGUAGCAGAAAAGAAAAAAAUUGCACAAAGGGCAGCAGAGGACCAGUGUCCCUUUGCAAAGAGCUCCCAGGCAGGGCUGAUGCUGGCUUUGAACUGAAAAAAGAGGGGUGAGGGGUGAGGCUGCUUUGGGAUCCCCCUACUUUUAAAGUUGCAAAGCCAGCCCCGUACAGCCCAAGAGCAUGAUGAAAAGGAAAGGGCCACUUUGCGUUUUUUCCUGCCCUUUUUGGCUGCAGAAAGUUAGCUGCACCCAGUCCAGAAGCGGGGUGGCGAAGGUCAGCUGAAGUGGCAAGGCCCAGAGGGUGUAAGGAGUCUUGGAAUGCAGGGUGGGGAGAGCAACUGGCACUUAAUGGGGAUGGCUGCAGCUGCCUCGAGUGUAGCAUACAGCCCAGGAGUUGUGCAGUUCUGGGGUUGCUGGGCAGAUCAAAAAUAUUUGAUGUAGUUCAGAUAUUCACCACUCAAUAACACCCACUCAGGAAGACCAUCAGCCAUCUACAUUAGGAAAUACAGCGACAUCUCUCUCACACCCUUGUAAAUUCUACCAGAAGCCUUCACUCUCUGCAAGGAAGACUCUUCCGACUCAUCAUAUCCCAGGUCAAUGUCAAAAAGAUGUUUUAGUUCCAAGUUUUAUUAAGGUUCUAAGCCAGGAUUCUAGAAAACCUGGAUCCUUUUUAGACUAUGGGUGUACCAUUUUUUCCAGGCCAAAGACCACACUUGGUCUUCAAGCAUCAUGGCAGGAGCUACAUUUCAAACAUCAGUGAGCAGUAUUUUUAAAAUGUGAUUACUAUUUCACUAAAAUUAAAAACAAUAAAGAUGGGAUAAAGAUCAAAUCAAUAAAAUUUAUGGUGAUGACAGGGUGCAGGUGGCUAAAAUGGAAGAGAUUGGGGUGUGUGUGUGUCAGAGACAGUCUUAUCUUACUGAGACCCAGGGCUGGAAGGAACCAAGCAUAGAAUGGCUUGGAAAGAUGAUAAUUGCCAGGAUUCUCACUUUACAACCGCAUCACUUAGUGACCAAUAUUCUGGUCCCAAUUGUUGUCGUAAGUCAAGGAUUACUUGUAAUCACUUUCACCUCUAGUUUCUACAUCUGCCUAACAAAGUUGUCUUUGUCGUUGCCCAAUAUCCCAUUACUAAUGCUCUAUCUAUUUGUCAAAUUAGUUAAAAAUUAUAUGUAUUGUAUGAGGUUUUUUUAAAGGUAGAAGUUCAUACAGAUAGUCUUCAACUUAUGACCACAAUUGGGCCCAAAAUUUUCAUUGCUAAGCAAGAUAGUUAUUAAGUGAGUUUUGGCCCAGUUUAUGACCUUUCUUGCCACAGUUGUUAAAUCAAGAACUGCCUGUACUAUAAAUUUAAAGUGGAUAUUUAAGCUUGUAGAGAGGCCAAGAGCUGUCAGUUACUCCUUCAAUGAUAAUAAGUUUUUGGAAUACAGUGUAGUUCCUAAUGUAUCUCAAGUAUUUUAAAACACUGUAGUUAUUACUUCCAUAGUCAUACAUGUUACUCUCUUUAUACCAGAUGUUACAAGCAGGAAAAAAAGCAUAGAAAUUCAUUUAUGUCACAAGUAAAACAUGGGUUGUAUCCAAGUAAAAUAUAGGGGAUGAUCAUUAUUACAACACUAAAUAUUAGGGCUAAAGUUACAACAUGGACAAAACAUCUUUUUCUGACGUAACAUUGGCAGAGUGCAUGCCAAUUUUUCAGACUGAAUCUUAUAUUUGGAAGUACUCAAUCUGGAAUCCUGGACAGGAAUGCAUGAGAGAUUGAUCCAUAAAUGCAAAGGGAGGGUCAGCGGACAUACAAAAGUUGGCUAGGUUUUCUCUCAGCAGCCAUCAUUUCUGCCUAAUCAAAGUCCCCCUUUAAAAAUCAUAUUUAAGUUUGCAGGAGGCUAUCAAUUGAAGGAUACUUGAAAGCAGCCUCUUGUCACUCGAUCUAUAUUCAUUUAUUGGAUUUUUACUCAAUUAUAGAAUGGAAGAAUAUGGCCCCUUCAAAGCAUUACUAAACUCUGUUUCUUUUAUCCCUCAUCUUUGACCCUGCUGAACACAGUACGUUCCUGAGAAUUAUAGUUUAGUUAUAUCUGGAAAGCCACAUGGACUGGGUUCUAGCCAAAGGUAUGAUAACAUAGCAAUGGCGAGAUUAGGGCUACUUUAGAAGAUAAUGAACUUGGCAUGCCCUUGUAGUAGGAAUAGAUCAUAUUCACUAGUAGGUAUUUAAGUGUUCUCCAGCAUUUUAUAGUUUGCAUUUGAUAAAACAAUGCAGUUUGAUAACUCAGGCAUUCAGUGGAUUCUCUCUAGUAGAUCCAAAGCUGCAGUGUCGACAAGCAAUAACAGAUUACUUAGUUAUACUGUUAAUCAGUUCUAGUGCUCAUUAACAAAAUGUAUGUAAUCAUAAAUAAUGACUAAAUAACUGUAAUUUUUGCAAGUGCUGUUUUAAAAAGUUGAUUUAGAAUCCGGGUGCAUGUUGACACAGUAUGGCGGAGUGUUUGUCAUACUCUUGAUAAUAAACAAUCUGAAUACCUUG